CAUCUUCCUCCACGUCACCAUCUCAUUUUGUUUUUCAUUUUGCUUUUCAUUUUUCAUUAAUACAACCGCAAAACCAAACUGAGCCGACACUCCUUCUACCAAACCAUAGUUAAAACCUCUGUUUCUCUCUCUUAUUUCUCCGCGUUUUCUUCUUCUUCUUCUUCCUCCUCCUCCAUUAAUCAUUCUUCACAACCUUCACAUUUUCCCCAUUUUCUCUCUCCUACACCCUCCAUUGAAAGAUCUAAAACCUUUUCUGCCAUGGGUGGAAUUCACAUCUAUGGCUGUCUCAUACUAUUCACUAUCUUAUCAUUAUCCGCCAUUAACGAUGCUUUACCUGCUCGUCCUGCUAAAAUACCACCCUCAACAACAAUGUCAAGUUCUUCUUCUACGAGUCAAGUGAAUUCUAACUCGGUUCUUGUUGCAUUACUUGACUCACAUUAUACUGAGUUAGCUGAACUCGUUGAGAAAGCUCUUCUUCUACAAAAGCUUGAAGAUGUUGUUGGGCACAAGAAUAUAACUGUAUUCGCUCCAAAGAAUGAAGCUUUAGAGCGUGAUUUAGACCCGGAAUUUAAACGCUUUUUACUUGAACCCGGGAAUCUUCACUCUCUUCAAACUUUACUUCUAUUCCAUUUUAUUCCUGUCAGAGUUAACUCAGACGAGUGGCCGAGUCAUAACUCGGAAGGUAUCCACCACGUUACAUUGUCCAAUGAUAAACUCCAUUUAUACCAACAUAAAAAAUCCGGGGAGAAAACCGUGGAUCUUGCUAAAAUUAUUCGACCCAAUGAUGUGGUCCGACCCGAUGGUGUGAUCCAUGGAAUUGAGAGACUGUUGGUCCCACAAUCUGUUUUGGAAGACUUCAACCGCCGUCGUAACCUCCGCUCCAUAUCCGCAGUCCUACCAGAAGGAGCCCCGGUGGUUGACCCGAGGACGAAUAAAUUAAUAAAGAAGAGUAAAAAAACGGGUCCACCACCGCCACCCGGAGCUCCACCAGCACUACCCAUUUACGCAGCAAUGGCACCAGGUCCAUCACUGGCACCGGCUCCAGCUCCGGGUCCAGGUGGGCCCCACCAUCAUUUCGAUGGGGAAGCCCAAGUAAAAGAUUUCAUCACAACUCUACUACAUUAUGGUGGUUACAACGAAUUAGCAGAUAUUUUAGUUAAUCUUACAUCAUUAGCAACUGAAAUGGGAAGAUUAGUUUCAGAAGGGUAUGUAAUUACUGUAUUAGCUCCUAAUGAUGAAGCAAUGGCGAAAUUGACAACAGAUCAAUUAUCCGAACCCGGAGCUCCGGAACAGAUUAUGUAUUACCAUAUGAUACCUGAAUACCAAACUGAAGAAAGUAUGUAUAAUGCUGUAAGAAGAUUUGGGAAGAUAAAGUAUGAUACUUUGAGAUUACCACAUAAAAUUACAGCUGAAGAAGCUGAUGGGUCGGUUAAAUUCGGGCAAGGUGAUGGAUCCGCUUAUUUAUUUGACCCGGAUAUUUAUACGGAUGGUAGGAUCUCUGUUCAAGGGGUAGAUGGAGUUUUGUUUCCUUUGGAAGAAAAAGAUGAUAAAAUUACUAGGAUUGAUAAAUCUAGUCCUGUUAAUAAGGUUCUCACUCCUAAGGCUAGAAGAGGGAAAUUGCUGGAAACAACAUGUUGGAUGCUAGGCUCCAUGGUACAACGUUUCGAUGCUUGCCAAUGAGGGACACGCAGUCAUUAAGGCAUCACAAGAAACCACAAGAUGUAAAAUUGAUGAAAAAAGUGAACAGCUUCAGAUGAUCACAACAACAUUAGAGUGAUGUUAAUACAAUUUUUCCUUUUUUUAUCUUUUUUUUUUUUGCUUGGUUAAGCAUAUUUACAAAAUAUAUUCAAGGGUAAAAUGAAAAAUGCAUGAUAGGGGAGCCUAAAGUACUACCAUGAAAGUUGUUCCUGCAUAGCUCCCCCUUGAGGCCUGAAGAGAGACAGAGAUAAGCUGGUGUAGUUAUAAAUAUAUACAGUUAAGUAAUGUCUAAAAAAACCAAAUGUAUUUUUUUAUUUUUAUUUUUAAUUUUUUUUUCUUAUUUGUUGGUGAUAAUGGUGGUGGGGGAAUUAAUUUUGUGUGAUGGAAGAGAAGUUGGUAGGGCAAAAGUGGUAUACACAUUCAAACAACUAUGUCCUACCCCUUUCUUAAUAAAGAAAUUUGGAAAAAAACCCCAAAUAGUUGUGCAUUCCAAUAAAAAAAAUCUUGA